AUGGGGGAGUCCCUCUUCCACCACCAUGGGAUGCCCCUGACCACUCCGCUGGACCUCCCUCACCCCACCCGCCGACUUCUGGACUUAUUGAGUACUUUGGAUAAUGAAGCCUGCCUUCACCAAAGGAGCACCAGUGUGCACAAGGAUGGAGACGUGGUGAUUGGGUGUUUCCUGUCUCUUUAUUUCUAUAUAUACUACACUGGUACCUUUGGUAUAGAACCUCUAAAAGAAUUUUAUUACAUGCCGCUCGCACCCAACAACUACCAGAACUACCUGGCCUUCAUUUUUGCCAUAGAAGAGAUCAACAGGAAUCCUCAUCUUUUACCUAACAUUUCUCUGGGAUAUGAGUUCCACAGUUUCCUUUACAGUCAUUGGAGGAUUCUGGAGAAUUCAUUCAUUUUGCUCACAGGUCAACAUAAGACCCCUAAUUACAUGUGUGGGACAGAAAGCAAGUGUGCAGCAGUACUGACAGAAUUGUCAUGGGGAACCUCAGCUCAGGUUGGACCACUGAUGGAACUCUACAAAUUUCCACAGGUUACCUUUGGCUCAUUUGACCCUACACUGACUGACAGUGGCCAGUAUCGUUCUCUCCAUCAGGUGGCCCCAAAGGACACUUACUUGGCCCUUGCCAUGGUGUCCUUGAUGCUUCAUUUCCACUGGACUUGGGUGGGUCUUCUUAUUACAGAAGGCCAUAAGGGUCUUCAGUUUCUCUCAGAUAUAAGAGCUGAGAUGGACAAAAACAGAGUCUGUGUAGCCUUUGUGAAAAUGUUGUCAACUGCGGCUGUGUCAUAUAUGUCAGCCAUGAAGAAACAUGAUAUCCUGACCGCGGAUACAAUAUCUGCCAAUGUGGUGGUCAUUUACUAUGAUACUGAUAGUGCAAAUGACGUAAACUACAACAUUGCACAAAACUUAGUGACAUGGAAAAUCUGGGUUUCAAACUCACGAUGGCAUGCUGAUCUGACUGGAAGAGAUUUUAUACUGGACCCAUUCCAUGGGAUUUUGGUUUUUGCACACCACCAUGAAGAGAUUUCAGGGUUCAAAUCUUUUGUCCAGGCAGCUACCCCUUUCAAAUACCCAGAAGACACUUACCUCUUUAUGUACUGGUCCAAGAAUUUUGAUUGCUCAUUCUCUGAGUCUGACUGUGCUUUGAUCAACUGUAUUCCUAAUGCUUCUCUGGCUUGGUUGCCUCCGAAUCGUUUUGACACAGUUAUGAGUGAUAGGAGUUACAAUAUGUACAAUGCUGUGUAUGCUGUAGCCCAUGCUCUCCAUGAGAUGGUUUUUGAAGGAGUGAUAACACAUCCAAGGAGACAUGCAAAAAUAAUGAUGUUUUCCCCCUGGCAGCUGCAUCGCUUUCUGAAGAAUGUCCAAUUUAGCAACCGUGCUGGGGACAAAGUGAACAUAGAUGACAGAAGAAAAUUGGACUCACAGUAUAAUAUUCUCAAUUUUUGGAAUUUUCCAGAAGGCCUUAGACUUAUGGCCAAACUAGGCACAUUUUCUUCUCAUACUUCACAUGGUCAGAAAAUGGCUUUAUCUGAGGAUAUCAUAGAAUGGGCCACAGGAGUUACCAAGACUCCCCGUUCAGUAUGCAGUGAGAAUUGCAAUCCUGGAUUUAGAAAAAGCCCUCAGGAGGGAAAGACUCCUUGCUGUUUUGAUUGCAUCGCUUGCCCAGAGAAUGAGAUCGCCAAUGACUCAAAUGUGGAACAGUGUGCAAAGUGUCCAGAUCAUCAAUAUGCCAACAUUCAGAGAAAUUAUUGCCUGGAAAAAACUGUGACUUUUCUGGCUUAUGAAGAACCCUUGGGGAAAGCUCUAGCUGGUGCAGCACUGAGUCUCUCUGUUCUAUCAGCUGCUCUCCUUGGGCUCUUUGUGAAGCACAGAGACACUCCCAUCGUCAAGGCCAACAAUAGGGCUCUCAGCUACACCCUGCUCAUCUCCCACACCUGCUGUUUCCUCUGCUCCUUGCUCUUCAUUGGUCGUCCCAACACAGCCUCCUGCAUCCUCCAGCAGACCACAUUUGCAGUUGUGUUCACUGUGGCUGUUUCCACUGUGUUGGCCAAAACCAUUACUGUGGUGCUGGCCUUUAAGGCCACUGCUCCAGGCAGAAGGAUGAGGCAGUUGCUGGAGUCAGGGGCACCAAACUCCAUCAUCCCCAUCUGCACCCUCUUCCAACUCACUCUCUGUGCAGUCUGGAUGGGGACAAAUCCACCCUACAUUGAAACUGAUGCUCACACUGAACACGGCCACAUCAUCAUUAUUUGCAACAAGGGCUCCCUCACCGCCUUCUACUGUGUCCUGGGAUACCUGGGCUCCCUGGCGCUGGUGAGCUUCACUGUGGCAUUCCUGGCCAGGAACCUGCCUGACACCUUCAAUGAAGCCAAGUUCCUGACGUUCAGCAUGCUGGUGUUCUGCAGUGUGUGGGUCACCUUCCUGCCCGUGUACCACAGCAGCAAGGGGAAGGCCAUGGUGGCCAUGGAGGUCUUUUCCAUCUUGGCCUCCAGUUCAGGGCUUCUAGGUUGCAUCUUUGUCCCCAAGUGCUACAUUAUUUUGUUAAGGCCAGAGAACAAUUCUCUUCCUGACUUGAAAGGCAGAACACAUUCUGGAAGAGAAAAAGCUUUCUUAAAGUAA